ACAAAGAUCACAUGAUACCGGGGCUGUCCGUGUAGCUGUUGUUAGCUUGUUAGCAACUAGCUGUAGCUUACCAGGAAACAGUGCAAACUAAUGUGAUCUCGCCAAGACAGCUAGCUGUCAAACAUAUUCUUGAAUAUUGCCUCCCGUUUUAUCUCUCACUUGCUGAACUGGGCCCAAACGACAAGCUGGUUGAACCUACAUGGCUGUUCACGUCAACAUUAAACAAAUGAGCAUGUGACCAAGAACCUGGAUAUACAGCACAUGAUCUGGACCAGUGGAGGAGGCUAAAAUCAAUCAGGGGUAAAUUAUUUGCAGUCUUGAAACCGGAGUGAAUAACCAUGACAACUAAGACAUCCCUGCUUAAAGUCAUUCUUCUGGGUGAUGGUGGUGUAGGAAAAAGCUCCAUUAUGAAUCGUUAUGUCACAAACAAGUUUGAUGCACAUCUUUUCCACACCAUUGGUGUUGAGUUCCUCAACAAGGACUUGGAAGUUGAUGGCCACCAGGUCACCCUGCAGAUCUGGGACACAGCCGGCCAGGAGCGCUUCCGCAGCCUGAGGACUCCUUUCUAUCGUGGCUCUGAUUGCUGCUUGCUCACUUUCAGUGUAGAUGACAACCAGAGUUUUCUCAAUUUAGGGAACUGGAAGAAGGAGUUCAUCUACUAUGCAGAUGUCAAGGAGCCAGAGAAGUUCCCAUUUGUAAUCCUGGGCAACAAACUGGAUGUGACUGAGCGGCAGGUGUCUAUAGAGGAGGUGCAGCAAUGGUGCCAGGAAAAUGGCAACUACCCCUAUUAUGAGACCAGUGCCAAGGAUGCCACCAAUGUAGCAGUGGCCUUUGAGGAAGCAGUACGUAGAGUGUUGGCUAUGGAUGAAAGAACAGACCACCUCAUCCCCACAGACACAGUCAAGCUCCACAGAAAGCCUCGCUCUGCUGGCACUUGCUGUUCAUAACGUCCAGGAUUUUUCACUAACAGGAAAUUGCUUUUAUGCCUGUUUUGUAACAAGGCUGUAAGUGAACAAUGCUGUAAUAGCAUCGUAUUUAAACAAAUUAAGCUACUGGCUUUGUGAUUUGUAAAAGAUGUGAGAAUGCUAAUAUGCCUUUGGUUGAAAGAGUAAGCUGAAACACUAAAUUUCAUUGCAGCCUGAGACAAAUAAAAAUGAAAGCACUGAAUCAUUCACUCAGCUGUAUCACCAUUCAAAUGUCAAGUUUUAAAAGGUUUGCAGAAAAGGUAAUAUUUUGUGUUGGUCUAAGACAACAUUUGGGGACCUAAAAUGUCAUUACAGCACAAAGGCAAUGUAGUAAUAGUUUCACUUCCCUCUCAAAUGAUUUUAUGUUCCAUUUUGUCAUUAAGGCACUAAAAGUGUACUUCCAGACUGUGAGGAUACAGAUAGCCAUGACCUGUAUACUUAUAUUUAGAAAAUUACAUUAUUUCUCAAGAGUAUAGGGUUUCUAAGGCACUACUUUUUGUAACUAACAAAUUAAGGCUUGUUGUGAUUAUUGCACGUGAUCCUGUUUGUGCACAUUCUGGAUAGUGAAUAGAUUAUGGCUGUAUCCUGGAAGCACCAAGGGACAAACUCCCUGACAGAAGAUAAAUAUUUAAGCAAAGAUAACAUGCAUGACAUUUGGUGUAUUUAUGCUUCUGCAAACACUUAUUUUAAAAACAGUUUUUACCUUAGAAACUAUUGACUCAAUUGUUUCCUCCAGUGACGCUAAAUGAAGCUAAAUUAAUUUCACAAGUGCAUUUUUAAUAUUUGGGCAAUUGUUUUUAAUUAAAUAACUGAAUUUCAA